GUUUCCUCCCAACAUGGCGGCCGGGGCAGGUCGGCGGUGAUGGAGGCCAGUUCGCGGCCGCGGCGGGUGCUAAUCCCCACAGUAGCCAGGGUAGCCCUCCUCUCGCGGUGCCUGUGAGAGCCGCCGCCACCUAGUCCCUCAUUUCCCGGCAGACAGCCGCCCAGGCCGGGCUCCGUUACCGCCGCCAGGGCCGGAGGGACGAGUGAGAGGGGCGGCCGGGACGCGACCCCCGGGCCGGGAGAAGCUGAGGCCCGACGGGCGCGGCCCUCGAGGUACGGCUUCUCGGGCGCGGCGAGGACCUCGACGCUCCUCGGCGGCACCGCGGCUAGUCUCGCUUGCCCGCCCUUUCCUGAUCCUGCCGCUGCCCUCCACGCCUCCACUCCCCCACCUCCACCCCCUCUCCUUUCUCUCUUCUCUUCCUUCUUCUCCUCCUCCUCCCCUCCAGCCGCUGGGAGCCGCGGGUCGGACGAGCCGCCGCCUCCUUCUCUGCGUCCAUGUAUGAGGGGAAGAAGACGAAGAACAUGUUCCUGACCCGGGCCCUGGAGAAGAUACUGGCCGACAAGGAAGUGAAGAAGGCGCAUCACUCCCAGCUGCGCAAAGCUUGCGAGGUGGCAUUAGAGGAAAUAAAAGCAGAAACUGAAAAACAGAGUCCUCCUCAUGGAGAAGCAAAAGCUGGAUCAAGCACCCUUCCACCAGUGAAAUCAAAGACAAAUUUUAUUGAAGCAGACAAGUACUUCUUGCCUUUUGAGUUGGCAUGCCAGUCCAAAUGUCCCCGCAUAGUUAGUACAUCUCUAGAUUGCUUACAGAAACUUAUUGCUUAUGGGCACUUGACUGGCAAUGCUCCAGAUAGUACAACACCAGGCAAAAAAUUAAUUGAUAGAAUUAUUGAAACAAUAUGUGGCUGCUUUCAGGGCCCUCAGACAGAUGAAGGAGUUCAGCUGCAGAUAAUAAAGGCUUUACUUACUGCAGUAACAUCACAACACAUAGAAAUUCAUGAAGGGACUGUACUGCAAGCUGUGAGAACAUGUUACAAUAUCUACUUAGCAAGCAAAAAUCUCAUCAAUCAGACAACAGCCAAAGCUACUCUCACUCAGAUGCUAAAUGUUAUCUUUGCACGCAUGGAAAACCAAGCAUUACAGGAAGCAAAACAAAUGGAAAAAGAAAGGCAUCGGCAGCAGCAGCAUCUGUUACAGUCUCCAGUAAGCCAUCAUGAGCCUGAAUCACCUCAACUUAGAUAUUUGCCACCUCAGACUGUUGAUCACAUAUCCCAAGAACACGAAAGGGACCUUGACCUCCAUACAAAUGAUGUAGAUAAAAGUCUUCAGGACGACACAGAACCUGAAAAUGGAUCUGAUAUUUCCAGUGCAGAAAAUGAACAGACUGAAGCUGAUCAGGCAACUGCAGCUGAAACAUUAUCUAAAAAUGACAUGUUAUAUGAUGGAGAAAACCAUGAUUGUGAGGAAAAGCCACAAGACAUUGUACAGAACAUUGUAGAAGAAAUGGUGAACAUUGUUGUUGGAGAUAUGGGAGAAAGGACUGCUAUAAAUGCAAGCGCAGAUGGCAACAUUGGAACGAUAGAGGAUGGUAGUGACAGUGAAAAUAUUCAAGCAAAUGGAAUUCCAGGAACACCAAUUUCUGUUGCAUAUACACCAUCCUUACCUGAUGAUAGAUUGUCAGUCUCUUCCAAUGAUACUCAGGAAUCUGGAAAUUCUUCAGGACCUUCACCUGGUGCUAAGUUUUCCCACAUUUUACAAAAGGAUGCCUUUCUAGUAUUCAGGUCAUUGUGUAAACUGUCAAUGAAACCACUGUCAGAUGGACCGCCAGAUCCAAAGUCUCAUGAACUCCGAUCCAAGAUUCUUUCAUUGCAGUUACUUCUAUCCAUUCUGCAGAAUGCAGGACCUGUUUUCAGGACAAAUGAGAUGUUUAUUAAUGCUAUUAAGCAGUAUCUUUGUGUUGCACUCUCAAAAAAUGGAGUCUCUUCUGUUCCAGAGGUUUUCGAGCUUUCUCUUUCUAUAUUUCUUACUUUGUUGUCAAAUUUCAAAACACAUCUGAAGAUGCAAAUUGAGGUGUUCUUUAAAGAAAUUUUCUUAUACAUUUUGGAAACUUCUACCAGCUCAUUUGAUCACAAAUGGAUGGUUAUUCAAACACUGACGAGGAUUUGUGCAGAUGCUCAGAGUGUAGUGGAUAUUUAUGUAAACUAUGACUGUGACUUAAAUGCGGCCAAUAUAUUUGAAAGACUAGUAAAUGAUCUAUCAAAAAUUGCUCAAGGAAGGGGCAGUCAAGAACUUGGUAUGAGUAAUGUUCAGGAAUUGAGCCUGAGGAAAAAAGGUUUAGAAUGCUUAGUGUCGAUUUUGAAGUGUAUGGUUGAAUGGAGUAAGGAUCAGUAUGUGAAUCCCAACUCUCAGACAACUCUUGGUCAGGAAAAACCCUCAGAGCAAGAGAUGAGUGAAAUCAAACACCCUGAGACAAUAAACAGAUAUGGAAGUUUAAAUUCUCUGGAGUCAACAUCAUCAUCAGGAAUAGGCAGCUACAGUACACAGAUGUCUGGCACCGAUAAUCCAGAACAAUUUGAGGUCCUAAAGCAACAAAAAGAAAUAAUAGAACAAGGGAUAGAUUUAUUUAAUAAGAAACCAAAGAGAGGAAUACAGUACCUCCAAGAACAAGGGAUGCUUGGCACCACACCUGAAGAUAUUGCCCAAUUCUUACAUCAAGAGGAAAGAUUAGACUCUACUCAAGUGGGUGAGUUCCUGGGAGAUAAUGAUAAAUUUAACAAAGAAGUCAUGUAUGCAUAUGUGGACCAACAUGACUUUUCAGGAAAAGACUUCGUUUCAGCCCUUCGUAUGUUUCUAGAAGGAUUUCGUCUUCCAGGGGAAGCUCAGAAAAUCGAUCGAUUAAUGGAAAAAUUUGCUGCAAGAUACCUAGAAUGCAACCAAGGACAAACUCUCUUUGCUAGUGCGGAUACUGCUUAUGUUUUGGCUUAUUCAAUUAUCAUGUUGACCACAGACCUUCACAGUCCACAGGUGAAAAAUAAAAUGACAAAGGAACAGUACAUUAAGAUGAAUAGAGGUAUCAAUGACAGUAAAGACCUUCCUGAAGAGUAUCUAUCAGCCAUCUAUAAUGAAAUAGCUGGGAAAAAGAUAUCAAUGAAAGAAACAAAAGAACUAACAAUCCCUACAAAAUCAAGUAAACAAAAUGUAGCCAGUGAAAAACAAAGAAGACUUCUGUAUAACUUAGAAAUGGAGCAGAUGGCCAAGACAGCUAAAGCACUCAUGGAGGCCGUGAGCCAUGUUCAGGCACCUUUUACAAGUGCAACACAUUUGGAGCAUGUGAGGCCCAUGUUUAAGUUGGCUUGGACACCUUUUCUGGCUGCAUUCAGUGUGGGUCUACAAGAUUGUGAUGAUACUGAAGUAGCCUCUCUUUGCCUGGAAGGUAUAAGAUGUGCAAUCAGAAUUGCAUGCAUUUUCAGCAUUCAGCUGGAGAGAGAUGCAUAUGUCCAGGCACUGGCAAGAUUUACCUUACUCACAGUGAGUUCCGGUAUUACUGAAAUGAAACAGAAGAACAUUGACACAAUAAAAACACUUAUCACAGUGGCUCAUACAGAUGGAAAUUAUUUAGGAAAUUCGUGGCAUGAGAUUCUGAAGUGCAUCAGUCAGUUGGAGCUGGCACAGCUUAUAGGAACUGGAGUGAAACCUCGAUACAUUUCUGGAACAGUGCGAGGCAGAGAAGGAUCUCUUACUGGAACAAAAGAUCAGGCUCCUGAUGAAUUUGUGGGUUUAGGGCUAGUUGGAGGAAAUGUGGACUGGAAACAGAUAGCAAGUAUUCAGGAAUCCAUUGGAGAAACCAGUUCUCAGAGUGUUGUUGUUGCUGUAGAUAGAAUAUUCACAGGAUCUACAAGGCUAGAUGGAAAUGCUAUUGUGGAUUUUGUCCGUUGGCUCUGUGCUGUGUCUAUGGAUGAAUUACUUUCCACGACACACCCAAGAAUGUUUAGUCUACAAAAAAUAGUAGAAAUAUCAUAUUACAACAUGGGAAGAAUAAGAUUGCAGUGGUCUCGAAUUUGGGAAGUUAUUGGAGAUCAUUUUAAUAAGGUUGGGUGUAAUCCUAAUGAAGAUGUAGCUAUUUUUGCAGUAGACUCCUUGAGGCAGUUGUCAAUGAAGUUCUUAGAGAAAGGGGAGCUUGCUAAUUUCAGAUUCCAGAAGGAUUUCUUAAGACCUUUUGAACAUAUAAUGAAACGGAACAGGUCUCCAACAAUUCGAGAUAUGGUUGUACGGUGUAUAGCACAGAUGGUUAAUUCUCAAGCUGCUAACAUUCGAUCUGGAUGGAAGAACAUAUUCUCUGUAUUUCAUCUAGCUGCAUCUGAUCAAGAUGAAAGCAUAGUGGAACUUGCAUUCCAAACAACUGGGCACAUUGUCACCCUUGUAUUUGAAAAACACUUUCCAGCGACCAUUGAUUCUUUCCAGGAUGCCGUGAAGUGUUUGUCUGAAUUUGCGUGCAAUGCAGCUUUCCCAGACACAAGUAUGGAAGCAAUUCGACUUAUUCGCCAUUGUGCAAAAUAUGUGUCUGAUAGACCUCAGGCUUUCAAGGAAUACACAAGCGAUGAUAUGAACGUGGCACCUGAAGACAGGGUGUGGGUGAGAGGAUGGUUCCCAAUUCUCUUUGAGUUAUCCUGUAUCAUCAAUAGAUGCAAAUUAGAUGUAAGAACCAGGGGUUUAACAGUAAUGUUUGAAAUAAUGAAAACAUAUGGCCACACUUAUGAGAAACACUGGUGGCAGGAUUUAUUUAGAAUUGUUUUCCGAAUCUUUGACAAUAUGAAAUUGCCAGAACAACAGACAGAGAAAGCUGAAUGGAUGACAACAACUUGCAAUCAUGCACUUUAUGCAAUCUGUGAUGUAUUCACUCAGUAUUUAGAAGUACUCAGUGAUGUACUUUUGGAUGAUAUUUUUGCUCAGCUCUACUGGUGUGUGCAGCAAGACAAUGAGCAGUUAGCACGAUCUGGUACAAACUGUUUAGAGAAUGUUGUUAUUCUGAAUGGUGAAAAAUUUACCCUAGAAAUCUGGGAUAAAACUUGCAACUGCACACUGGAUAUCUUCAAAACCACAAUCCCACAUGCGCUCUUGACCUGGCGGCCCACUUCUGGAGAAACUGCCCCCCCACCUCCAUCUCCUGAUACAAUAUCACAGAAGUCUGUAGAUAUUCAUGAUUCUGUUCAACCAAGGUCUGUGGAUAACAGACCGCAAGCACCACUGGUUUCUGCCUCUGCUGUUAAUGAAGAAGUCAGCAAAAUUAAAUCUACAGCAAAAUUUCCAGAACAAAAAUUGUUUGCUGCCCUGUUGAUUAAAUGUGUUGUGCAGCUGGAACUCAUCCAGACUAUCGACAACAUUGUCUUCUUCCCAGCCACAAGUAAGAAAGAAGAUGCGGAAAACUUAGCUGCAGCGCAGAGAGAUGCGGUGGACUUUGAUGUUCGAGUUGAUACUCAAGACCAAGGAAUGUACCGCUUUUUAACAUCACAACAACUUUUUAAGCUACUGGACUGCUUAUUAGAGUCACAUAGAUUUGCAAAAGCAUUUAAUUCCAACAACGAACAGAGGACUGCCCUGUGGAAAGCAGGAUUCAAAGGCAAAUCCAAGCCCAACCUUCUAAAGCAGGAGACCAGCAGCCUGGCCUGUGGGCUGCGCAUUCUAUUCCGGAUGUACAUGGAUGAGAGCCGCGUUAGUGCCUGGGAGGAGGUCCAGCAGAGGCUUUUGAAUGUCUGCAGUGAAGCGCUAAGUUACUUCCUCACUCUAACAUCAGAAAGUCAUCGGGAAGCCUGGACUAACUUACUGCUUUUGUUUCUAACUAAAGUUCUAAAGAUAAGUGAUAAUAGGUUUAAAGCUCAUGCAUCAUUCUACUACCCUCUCUUAUGUGAAAUUAUGCAAUUUGACUUGAUUCCUGAACUUCGUGCUGUUCUUAGAAGAUUUUUUCUGCGAAUCGGAGUAGUUUUUCAGAUAUCACAACCACCUGAACAGGAACUUGGAAUAAACAAGCAAUGAUGGGAACUUAAUAUUUUUGUUGGCGUUUACAUCCCUCUGCUCUUUAAAAGGACGCUGGAGCUGAGGUUUCCUACCUGAAAAACGAUUUCUUCGGAUUGCAGUGUCUGAGAGUUACUGGUAAAGAUGCUUAGAACUCUUAUUCAAACUUUCAACACUCCAGUCCCUUUUAGUACGGGCGGAUUUUGUGUGUUAUGUUGGCCUCAUGUUGAGCAGAAAGCCUGUUUAAACAGUGUCAGCUCAUGCUCACGGGUCCUUCCCUGUCUUCCACGGCAGGAAAAGCCCCACAUGUUUUUGGCAGGUGUGGAAGUGAAACUUACCCAAAGAACUAUAGAUGUAAAGAUUGAACUUCUACAAGAAGUACAACUCAGGAGAGCUGUAUUUUGAAGGAUAAAAUGUUUAUAAUUGGGGAGUGGGGAGAGAAGAAGAAAUUAUUGUUCAUGGUAAAAGAUAUUUAGCAACUAUGGUAUUCUUAUUCUGAAGAUUUUUGCACACUCAGGCUAUCUGAGAUACUGGUAAUCAUCCUGUGAAAAAUGUACAGAGAUGCAGGUCUGUAAUAUAAAAAUCUUAAACAUUAUAUAGUUCUUCCUGCACUGUUUUCUUUCUUUAUUUUCUUAUUCAUUUGCUAAAUACCCAUAAUAUUUUGUCAAAUGCACUAAACAUUUGGGUGGAACUUUCUUUUUUAUUUUGUGGGGAUUUUUAGUUUGGCCCUUUUUGGUGGGUGGUGAUUUUGAGGCUUUAACAUGCCCAGAAGCUGUUGUGGCUGACACUUCAACAACAGGGAAAAAAAGGUAGAAAAUAUCCCUACUGACAGUAACUACCUGUCACAUAUUUCUCUUAGGGCUUUUAAAGAUGAGCCAUUAAAAUAGAAUGAUCCUUUAUGGACCAAAACUUGAAUCACUGCAAAAUGAAUCCAGAUUGCUGUCAUUUUCUUUUGGGUGGUGGGGCUUGAUGUAGAUUUUACUCUUAUGUACAGAAUUUAAUGUUGAAUAUAUUAAAAUAACAAAUCUGGCAUGGUUUGCGGAGGUUAGAUUUACUGGAAAUGUAUUCAUACUGUGAAUUGUGCUCUGAUGGUUAAAAGACAAGAUUGUCAAGCAUUCCGUAUUAACAGUGGAUGUAGAAAAUUUUUUCAGACGGAUAAAAUGUAUAUGGUACAGAUGUAAAGUUUUCUAUGUAAAAAAUUCUGUACAACUUUCUGUACAAUAUUGAUUCUCAUCUGGCAUAUUCUAAUCAGGUUAUAGGUCAAUAAAGUUUUUGAAAUAUUUCA